AUGAAGCAGACACUCGAAGCUGCUGGCGAAUGCCGACCGCAUGAGUGUGAAAUCUGUGGCAAACGGUUCCGGGAACGGCACGCCAUGAAGCGGCAUCUGCGCGGGCAUACCGGCGAGAAGCCUUUCCGGUGUACCGAGUGCGGCAAAGCGUUCCUCCUUCGGCAGCAUCUGCGCCAGCACAAGCAGUCGCACUCCGACCAGCGCGCUUUCAAAUGUAAAAUUUGUGGCACAGGAUUCAAGCAAAAGCAGAGCUUGACGACCCACCUGAGGGCACACUCCAACGAGAGACCAUUCAAAUGUACCGUAUGCGGAAAAGCUUUCGCCCAAAACAGUACUUUAUAUCAUCACAUGUUCCUACACUCGGAACGGGAGUUUAAAUGCGACGUGUGUGGAAAUAAUUAUUCCACGCCGAAAGUCCUGAAGACUCAUAUGCUUGUACAUUCCGGCAAGCAACGGUACAAAUGUGGCGUUUGCGGGAAAAACUGUCAAUCAAAGGCAAAUCUCGAGUCGCACAUGAAAACUCACCGUGGCGAGCAGCCUUUCAAGUGCGAUACUUGCGGCAAGAACUUCAGCAGUGGCUUUUAUCUGAAAGCGCAUCAGCGGUUGCACACGGGACAAGGUUUAUUUCGGUGUGAUGUCUGCAGUAAGGAGUUCGUAUUCAAGCGAACGCUGCAAACGCAUUUGACAAUGCACACAAAUGUUCGGCAGCACAAGUGCACCAUUUGUGGCAGACAAUUCAGUACAAACCGCUCAUUGGUGCAGCACACCCGCACGCAUACCGUUGAACAACCACACGAAUGUUCCGUUUGUGGGAAAUCGUUUUUCUAUUCGCAAAGUCAGAACAAACGGUCGGCAGUUUCGGAUAAUGACGAUAAGUGUGACGAUUGUGCUUUGUUAUUCGAUCCACCAAGCCCUACGCAACAACCGGAGAGUAUCGAGGAAAAGUAUUCCAGUUUUACCGAAUACGAAGAAGUUUUCAAAGCUUCUUCACUUUCGCUGAAGGUGGACAUUGGAAAAGUUAGGACCGGUCUCAGCAGCACCAACCGUGACCGUUACGUGUGCAAUAUUUGCGGGAAUGAUUUUCAUGCGAAUAAAGGUUUGAUUAAACACAAGAAAAAGGUUCACGCACUGAGCCAUCCGUACCAGUGCUCGGACUGUGACGAAAGCUUCGAGAGAAGCGUAGAACUGCGGCAGCAUGGUUUCACUCACGUUACGGCAGGAACGCACGUGGAAUGUAAACUGUGCAGCAUGAAGUACAAUUCACGCGUAAGUCUUUACAAGCACAUGAAAAGUGCACACGCAGAGGUAAAGCAAAACAAAGCUUCCGAGCAAGUUUUGACGUAA